GUUUAAAAAAUACCUGAAAAAAAGCUUACUUUUUUUCAGGUAUUUUUUAAACGUUAAUGUGAUGGCUCUAAGUGCGCGGUUCGAAAAUUUAAUUCCUAUUUUUAAGCAAGAAACUUUGAAAAGUUAAGAUGUAUACAAUUUUUGAUUUGCAUUUACCUUAGGCAGGAACUUAAUAGGCUAACGAGUCCGAAAAGAGGUCCUGUGCUUUCAGCGAAUUAUAGGAUUAUUCAUUUAUUAUUAUUUAUUUGAACUGUUUGAAUUAUAAUACUGUUUACUUUUACAUAAAACCCCACAAAACUAUUUGAUGUUUCAAAAAAAUAAUCGAACUCAACCAGUUUAAGGAGCAAAUUGGAAAAAAAGCCUAGAAGAGAAAUACGUUUGUUCGAUUACGAAGGACACGUCGUAUUCUUUUUUUCCUAAACUGUUGUUAUAAUGCUGAAAUGACUGAUGGAUCGAAGGUAAUUAAACGCGUAAAUCUUGAUUAGUUGAAAUAAAUCACGUUUAAUAAAAUCCUUUAGGUGCGCCCUUAUAGAAUAAUUAUAUUUUAAUAUCUCAUACCGACUUCAGUAUCGAAGCAAUUUCACGUUUAAUGAUCAAAUCUAGUCUUAGUAUUUCCCGGCAAGUUAAUAGCUUAUAUCCUGUAUUCAUAACUAUAUCUCGUUUUAACUAGAUUCUGCUGGCUUUACUGAUAUAUACCAGUUCCCAGAAUUAGUAGACUUGAGAGUAUUAUGGCUUGCUUUUAGUGAUAAUAUAAAAACUGAAACUACAUUGAUACUUUACCAAGAGACUAGGAUCGCUGUGAAUUGGAAAAAAUCUAAUCAACCCCUAAUUUAAAUACAUCAAAACUUUUUAAUGGGUUAAGUGAAUCGAAUUAAAAGACAAUGUCUUAAGAUGGUAUUGCCAUUAUUACCAAUUCAUUAGAAGUAAGUCCUGGACAUAAAAAUCGCAUAUAAAAUGUCGGUCGACUAGUAGAUAAGGCCAGAGGGCCUAUAAAAGUAUCAACAUCUCUUAAAGCAAUAUUUCAGCAGUAAGAGAAAGACGGCACUACGCCGCGUAGAACGACGUCUCGCUCUAACACAAUCAUUGUUCCACAACGGUCCUUCUUUGUAAAAGUGGUGGCAGGGCCCCAGUUUAUCUAGCUCGAUGUCGCGUCGACUGGUUUAGAACCGGACCACGUUGCGUUAAAGCAAGGUUCACUAGAUGUCAUAGAUACACAUAGAUAAACUAAUUUCAACCUUAAGACAAGGCAAUAAAAGCCAUCUGUUGAUCAGUAGUUUAUCAUCUAUCACCUGCUUCUAUUAUGUUCGCUAGUUCUAACCUUUUUCUUUGAGAACUAAUACUGUCUUAAUCCUCAUUCACAAGGAUAGUAACGUGGCGAUGGGAAUCGAUAUAUUUUUGCUCCGCUUAAAGGAGUACAUACUUAAACCUUUACUAAUUUGACUCGAAUAUUAAAUCACUGUCUAAUUAUUUAAUGUUAAUCACCUGCCAGAGGUAAAUGCGAAACGAUAUUGUUGUCGGGCUGACGCGAUAAAUACCCGUUAUUGAGUAAACAAUUAUUAAUAAUGUAUUGUUAAUCCCAGUCCGCUUGCUACUUUCUUUCAUUGAACAAACACUCAAACAAGUCAAUUGUCAACGGUAGCAUUCGGUAGUCAAAUAUAAAUUGAUGAAUAGUAGAGUAUUUAGGACAGUCGUAUGUUAAACAAGUUUGGUAACUUACUGUACACACUCUCCUAUAUUAUGUUAGUAUACACACUAUUUUGAUAUUAGAUUGUUAUGUGUAGAAUGAUUAUUGUGUUAUAGCAAAAGGCAAGGAAAUUAGGUACAGUAGGUCAGAACUGCUUUUCAUAACAUUAUUUACUAUGUGCUAGUAUUAACAUUAUGCUGUAAAUAGAUUUGGUAUUUAGUUCUGUAACGGUAUGUAGCACUUGUUCUUAAGAGUUAGUUCGAACGGAUCCGCCUUCAUCUGAUCCUCCUGAAGGAUCAGUAUUAUUUAAUAUUACUUUUUAUUCCUAACCGAUCCCCCUUGAAGCAGGAUCAGAAUUAAAUAUUAAAAAUCGAUUCCUAACGGAUCCACCUACCAAUUACAAGUCAGAAACAAAAUGUAACUAUAUCUAAGUUUUUAUUUGUUGGUAGAUCACUAAAUUAAUUAUAAGUAGGUACCUAUAUUAAGGUACCUGUGAAAUAUAACAAUAUUGGCAAUUAAGGCUCUACCACUUAUAUUGCUAACUUAUUUUAAAUAAAUUGAUGAAAUAGUGACAUUACUGGAUAUGACCUUGAAACCUUGGUAACAUUUUUUUACCUGCGAAAUGUGGUGGCGCGGCACAACCAAUCAGCGACGAGUGUCCGAGGGCAUUUCUAGCAGUUAUUCAUAAUUAUAGUUGUGACAAUGCCACACAGCUCGUUAUCGAUAAAAGGAUGCCGCUCGGAUGCAUUAUUUCCUUAACGUUUCUCUUAAUUACCUGUUAUUGACUACCGACAAAUCCCUUAUUUAUUGUUGUCACACAACACUAGAAGUGCAAGCGAGAGUUCGGAUAUAUCUAUAAGUGGGAGCGAGAGAUCAGAUAAAAAUGGCUUAUGACUCGGUUCACAUGUUUGUAAUUUAGCUCAAUCAUAGUACUCCGAUUUACCCUGAGUGAGGGGUUAUCUCUGUGUAUAAUUGUGUAUUAGUGUCUUCACUUUGCUUUUUUGUAAAACAAUCGCCGAGAAAUAUAAUUUUAUAUAAAGUGUGUUAACUAGAUAAGUAGGUAAGUACUUUUUUACUAUCCUUGUAUGUGUAGAGGUGCAUGAAUGUCCUUCUUUUAUUUUUUCUUUAUUUAGUAUUCAUUAACAUGAAAUAAGUAACAAUUGCUUAUAUUAUAGUAAUUAGGCGGCCGUAUGGUGCCUAAUUACUAUAAUGUAAAUAGAAUUUCACAUAAGCGACCACUUCAUCUCCUAUUGCAAAAUAACUUUUCUCGAUACUGUAUAAUAAGCUUAAAAAAAAAAGAGAAAUUUUAGUUAUUUUUGAUAAGUUAGAUGUUAGCGUAGCAGACUUUUAAGAUAUAAGACUAUUGCACAGGAUGAAUUAAAUUACUAUAACUUUAUUGCUUUUAGAAUGUCACAAGAUAAUAGUCAGCCGUCGACUUCUGCCAACAACUCUGGAGAGUUAACAUUUAUAAAAAGGAAUGGUGGCAUAGUUUUGUUGAGAGCCGGUCACCAAUACUCCAAGAAGACAGAUUAUAAAAGUGGAUGUUCAACGUGGAGAUGCAUUAAUUGGCGCAAAAAAUGCCAAGGAUAUAUAAAUAUUAAGGAAAACAAGAUCAUAAAAGAAACAAAUCAUCAAUGCGAGCCCAAUGAAAUUAAUAAUGAAAUAGCUCUAAAGCUACAUGAAUGCCGAGAAAAAGUUGUAUCCUCAAAUUUUUCACCAGUAACCAAAAUUUAUAAUGACCUUGUGACAGAAUUUAACGAUUCAGGCAUGAAUCUCUUAAAAGCGCUUCCAACAUUCGAAAAUAUUAAAACCACAUUGUAUUACGCAAGAAAUAAAGAAGCUGGUGUUUCAAAAAUACAAUGUAAACAGCCCGAAGAAGUAACAAUACCAUUGCAGUUUAAAGAUUUUGUUUUAGCGGAUUACUAUGACGAGUCUACCAAUAUCAGAAUAAUUGUUUUUGGUCACUCUGAAGUUCUGAAAAACAUAAAAAAUGUAAAUUUUUUUUUGAGUGAUGGGACUUUCCAGAGCUGUCCAAAACCAUUUGUCCAACUUUAUACCAUCCAUGGUGAUCUUGGGAGCGAUGAAGAACAUACGCGAAUAGUACCUAUUAUGUACGCAUUACUUGACAGAAAAAGCGAAGAAGCCUAUACAAUUCUUUUUCGGGUAAUAAAAGACCAUAUCCCAGAAUGGAAACCAGUGAAAUACAUGACAGAUUUUGAAAAGGCAGCAAUGAACGCAAUAACAACAGUCUUCCCCUCAGUCGAAGUAAAAGGGUGUUAUUUUCAUUUUACCCAUAAUGUAUGGAAGAAAGCCAAAUCGUUAAAUUUAACUAAACAAAAGCGACUUCGUAGACAUGUGGCACUCUCUGCUUUACUACCAUUGCUACCGCGACAAUUUAUCUCAGACGGUUGGUGCUAUAUAAUGGAAGACGGUCCUGAUUCAAAAGAAAUACAAGAAUUCAACGACUACAUGGUGACACAGUGGUUAGAAGACGAAGCUUUUGUAGACAUUUGGUGUGCUCAUAAUCAACGCCACCGCACAACCAACGCUGUCGAAGCAUGGCACAAAAAACUGAAUAGUUGUCUUCCGAGUCAUCCCAACUUGUACCAAGUUUUGAAAGUGUUAAAAGACGACGCAAAUUUACAAUGCAUCAAGAUUAAUCAGGUUAAUUUCGAUAUGCCAAAUUCAAAACGACGUUUACCCAAAGACGUUGCUGCAGACAAAUGGUAUGAACAUGUAACCAACCAACUUUUGGCAGAGCAAAUUACGGUUGGUCAUUGCUUGGAAAAAUUUAGAUUAUGAUUAGGUGCAGGUAGUACCUACUCUUAAUCUAAACUUAUCUGAACAUUUUCCAAUUUUUUAAUCACAUUUUAUUUUUCCGAUUUUUUUUUCUUGUU